AUGGCCCCAAUAAAGUCGCCCAAGACGGCAAAGUAUACAUACGCAGAACGUGUUCUUGGGGCUUUCACGCAGGCAAAGAAAAACCAAAGGAGGCACUCAGUACACAUCGCGACUUUGCGAGCUCAAGUGAAGAAGAGCGCAGAGUCGAAGAAGGAUAAGCUUGGUCCGCAGUGGGCUCAUUGGGUUGGAAAAGCUGUCCAACGGUUGGAAAAUGACGGGAUUUUGGAGCCCUCGGAGCCUACAGGAACUGUGGCGUUGACUCCGAGUGGAAAGAAAAUGUUAUCAAGCGUUCGUCGCUCCCUCAACAUCCCCGCCAACGUCGAGCCGUCAGCAAUUCAAGAGGAAUUGAUUUUGAAGCAAGUGACUCAGACAGGGACUCGUGGAAUCAAGCGCCCAAGAACAAGUCGCGCUUCCAAUAUCAGCUUGAGGCACGAUUCCGAAGACGAUGAAGACGGGGAUUUUAGAACACCCAAGAGGACUAAUAAACGCUCCAGGCCCUCUGUCAGCGUAAAAAGUUCGCCGUCCAAAAUGACCAAGGCUCAGCUUCAAGCUGAACUGGAGAGUCUGAAAAUAGCUCAUCAACAAAUUUUAUUGAGAGGUACCUCCCCACUCACAGAUCUCAGCGAUGACGACGGCGAACAAACAAAUGGGGGGGAAGAACUUCACCUUCGUCGUCGCCGCCCGUCUUCUGGCGCCAACCGACCUCGCGAGAGUGGCUCUACAGCUCGGGACGCCGUCGAUGAUAACUUAUUCGCAACGCCCACAACCCCGUCGCGUCUCACCGCAGGUCGACCUCGGUCGGUCUCGCCCACCCCCGAUGUCGGAGAACGACCUAGCUCCGCGCCGGAUGUACGUAGUGAACACGACGACUACGAAAUGGAUCCUUUAUUUACACCCGCAAGUUCCUUGGCGACUCCACAAGCAAGUCCAACCAAGCCAACUCAAGUUGAAGUGGACAACACCUUGAUUGAGAGGCUUGAACGAAAAUAUUCCGACUUGAAAUCACAGCAUGACAAGGUGGUGCUUGAGGUUUCAGAACGUGACGCUCGCAUUCUUUCCUUGCAGACAGACAUCAACGACCUAUCGAAGAAAGCAAUCGCUGCGAUGGCAGACAAGAACUCCGAAUUCAUUGAACUUGAGACGACUUCAACGAAUCGCGCUGAGAACUUUGAGCGAUGCAUCGCUGAACAACUUGCGACCAUCACUGCUCUUGAACGAGAGAGGGAGGAGGCCAACAAAAAACUUUCUAGUCUUCAGCAGGCUUUGCGAGCCGCUGAAGAGAACGUUGUGGUCGUCACCCAGCUUGAGGAUACGAUUCGAGACCUCGGAUCGCAGAAGAAGUCUGUAGAGGAACAGCUUGAGGUGGAGCAAUCCAAAAACUGCGAUCUUUUUGAGGAGAUUCGCAAUCAGAAUGUGGCAAAUGAGUCGCUCCUUGAACAACUGGCGGAUUUGUCGACAAAAAUCCGGCUUUUUGAAGACGAGCAAGCCAACAGGGAUACCGCUACUCAACACAUGGACACGUCGCUCUCAGAAAGUAGACAUGAUGCCCAAGUCCUUCGCGAGACAGUUACCAACCUGGAAGAGUCGUCCCACUCCAAGCAUCUGGAGCUCGUCCAAUCAAACAGUAAGGUCGAGGAACUCGAGAAAGCAUUGGACAACCUCAAGAGGCUCGAACAAGAGAUAAAAACUACGGCUGAACAUAGACUCUCCCUCCUGGAAGCCGAGAAAGUGGAAAAGGAGCGACUUAUCCAGACGGUAGCGAACAAAGAACAGGAUAUUUUGAACUUAACAGAGAACGCUUCUGUGGUCAAAUCGUCGAUGGAGAAGCUCAAGGCCGAGCUUUUCUUGAAGGAGGCGGCGAUGCAACAGCUGCACGGGGAGUUGGCUGUGGUUAGGGAGGAACUGACCAUCGCGGAGGGAUCACUGGUGGCCUCAAGCGAGAAGCACCAGGCUGAACGCUCGUCUCUUACGUCCCGAUUGUCAAGCAUCGAGGGGUCGCUCGUUUCCGCGAAUCUCGAGGCCAAGAAUCUGAGAACUCAACUAGAAUCGGCAGAGAUAGCCCACGCGUCGGUUCGAGCCCAAGUAGUGGAGCGAGACAUUGAUCUCUCGAAGAUUCGGAACGAGCUGGAAUCUGAGCGGAAACGCGGCAAUUCUUUGGAAACGGAGCUUAUUCGCGCAAAAGAGAACACAGUGGGGCUCGAAGAAACGAUCCAAGGCGUUAGGGCAUCAAAAGAUGCCGAUGAAAAAACCAUCGAAAGCUUGAAAAAUGUUUUCGCGACGUACCGGGAGAGUCAGAUGCACUUCUUGAUGGUAAUGGAGGAAAAAGUCAACUCCGCGAACUUGACGCCGCUGACGAGUGCGAGGGAAUCCCGAGCACUUCUUUAA